UAAAAUGGCGGCCGGCGCCGCUGCCCUGAAUUGGAGGCGGGUUUCUUCUUUCACGGGGCCGGUACCCCGGUCCCGGCACGGCCACCGCGCCGUGGCAAUCCGCGAGCUGGUCAUCAUCUUCGGGGGCGGCAACGAGGGCAUCGCCGAUGAGCUGCAUGUGUACAACACCGCCACAAACCAGUGGUUUCUUCCUGCUGUCAGAGGAGAUAUUCCACCAGGUUGUGCAGCCCAUGGAUUUGUCUGUGAUGGUACCAGAAUAUUAGUAUUUGGAGGAAUGGUUGAAUAUGGAAGAUAUAGUAAUGAUUUGUAUGAAUUACAGGCAAGUCGAUGGCUGUGGAAAAAAAUGAGACCUCAGCCCCCUUCAGCAGGUUUGCCUCCAUGCCCUCGCCUUGGCCAUAGCUUCUCUCUGUAUGGCAACAAGUGUUACUUAUUUGGUGGACUGGCAAAUGAGAGCGAAGACUCAAACAAUAACAUUCCCAGAUAUUUAAAUGAUUUCUAUGAAUUGGAGCUACAGCAUGGAUCUGGAGUCAUAGGCUGGACUAUUCCAGUGACCAGAGGAGUUUUGCCAUCUCCCAGAGAAUCUCACACAGCUGUUAUAUACUGUAGAAAAGACUUGGGAAAUCCAAAAAUGUUUGUAUUCGGAGGGAUGUCUGGUUGUCGGCUUAAUGACCUUUGGGAGCUUGAUAUAGAGACAAUGACUUGGUCGAAACCAGAAACUAAAGGGACAGUGCCACUUCCCCGUAGUCUCCAUACAGCCAGUGUAAUAGGAAACAAAAUGUACAUUUUUGGUGGAUGGAUCCCACAGAGUACAGAUGAGAACCUCCCUUCUCAAGAUGGGGAGUGGAAAUGUACUGGCUCAUUUUCUUACUUAAAUUUAGAUACUACAGAAUGGAUAAAUCUAAUCCCAGAUUGCCAAGAAGAUAAAAACAAUUUGUUACCAGGUCCAAGAGCUGGCCACUGCGCAGUCAUUGUUGGCUCUCGCUUGUAUAUAUGGAGCGGCAGAGAUGGAUACAGGAAAGCUUGGAACAAUCAAGUUUGCUGCAAAGAUCUUUGGUAUCUAGAUACAGAGAAACCACCAGCACCAUCACAGGUACAACUAAUCAGAGCUACAACUAAUUCAUUUCAAGUUAAAUGGGAUGAAGUUCCUACUGUUGAAGGAUACCUUCUUCAACUAAAUUUAGAUACGCCAACACCUGUUGCAGCUGAAAUACCCAUUACUGUGGCACCUGAGCCACGAUCGCCGUGUGUGCAAGGAACUAAACUGGAUCUCCACUCCCAAACCCUCAGUGCCUCAAGCAAUGUGCAAAUUUCCAUUUCAGAGGCUAAAGCAAAGAUUCCAGAAACUGAAAAUGCGAAGAAAAACCAUUCCGUUUCCAAAGAGUCCAAUGCCCCUUUAUGUUUGCCUGCUAGCACUUUAGGUCCUCAGAUGUCAGCAAAUCUAAAUGAAUUACUUGACCUUGAUUCAAGAACUUCCCAAUUAGAUACAUCUACGUCUGGCAUAGCCUCCGCCCCACAAAAUAUAGUAACUCAGCAGGCUGUUAGAACCAACUCAUCAAACGGGGCAGUUGCGAAAGAUGAAACUUCCUUAUUACCAACAGUUAAAGAGUCUCCAGUGCCCUCAACUAGAGUCACAGUUAUUAACCCACUUGAUUCAGCUGUACAGUCAACUAAAACUUCACCACCAAAGCAGAAUGCAAGAAUGAGAACACAAGAGCGAAGGUGGUAUGAUGUUGGCAUUUUUCAAAGCAACACUGCGUUAGUGAGCCAGUUUUAUUUGCUGCAAGAAGAAAAGGCUAUGCUUUCUAGCAAGGGAGACAGUAUAGAUAUUCCAAAUGACAGUGUACUUAAGAAACAGGAUCUCGCUCCUGGCACUUUAUACAGGUUCAGGGUUGCUGCAAUUAAUGGAUGUGGUGUAGGGCCCUUCAGCAAAGUCAGUGAAUUUAAGACUUGCAUCCCUGGAUUUCCUGGAGCACCUUCAAUUGUGAAAAUUAGCAAGAGUGCAGACUGUAUUCAUCUUUCAUGGGAGCCUCCAGUUUCACCUUCAGGAAAUAUCUUGGAAUAUUCAGCCUAUUUGGCAAUAAGAACCACCCAACUCCACGAAAAUCCUAAUCAACUUAUGUUCAUGAAAAUCUAUUGUGGCCUUAAGACCUCAUGUACAGUGACUGCUGCCCAGCUUGCAAAUGCUCAUGUUGAUCACACGUCCAAGCCUGCCAUAGUGUUCAGGAUCUCAGCCAAGAAUGAGAGGGGAUAUGGACCGGCCACACAGGUUCGAUGGCUCCAAGAAAUGAAAACAUCAAGCUCGAAAUAGAAGCAGGAUAUUAUACUGCAAAUUGUGAAUUAGCAGUUAGUACUCUUGAAGUUUUGUGAAUCUUCCAAAUAUUUCGUUUUAUGUCAGCUUGACUUCACAGCAUCAGCAGUCUUGAAAACUGGCCUAUAGUGACCACAUUUUUUCAUAGUAUUUUAUCUAGCAUGGUCGCUGGCUACUAUCCAGAGGGUUAUGUAAUCAUCUGAAUUUUUGGAGAGUCUUCCUUACAAUAUCUCGUAACACACAGAUCCCCAGUUGUGUUAGCUUCCAACAGGUAGGAAAGGGCCAUAGCUCAAUGACUGAGCAUGUGCCUUGCAUGUGAAAGGUGCCAAGGUAUAUCUCUGGCUAGUCCAGGUAGGGUUGAGAAAGGCCCUGUCUGAAAUCUCAGAGAAUUGCUCCUGAUUAAUGUAGACAAUCUUGAAAUAGAUUAUGGUCUGACUAAGGCUUUUUGUGUUCCUAGACAUAGAUGCUCAAUUACAGUUUUAAGUUUCAUUAAAUUUAAAAAGCAAGUUGGUGAUGUGUUGUGAAAAUUGCUUAAAGAGAAAUUCACCAGAGGAGGGGGAAGAAUAAUGUGUUUUAAAUAUACUGAUUUCUCUUUAAAUUGUUUUCAGGACAGAUCUAGAAAUGUUUAAAAUAGAGUUCAGAGGUUUGCUUGGGGAGCUAAUGAGAGGGUCCCCCAAAACUUUGGUUGUGUGCACACCCUUGUGGAUGAUGGUCUGUAAAGCUAUUGCAGUAUGAGCUGUUUGAAGACUGCAGUAAAUAUAUAGCAUCAGAGAUGCUGAAAGUGAAUUAUUUGGUUUUCAACAGCAUAAUAAUGGCCUUCUUAUAAUUAAUGUUGGUUGAUUGAGUCAUCUUUUUACAAUAGUAACUAUUUCUGAGAAAUGUGAUUUGUCUUAUCCUUUUUUAAGUUCAUUUUUGUGACAUAGGGCUGCUUUUGAUGUACAGCUUCCUUCAUGGGUAUGAGCCUCAUCAGCCUUAUAAAAAAUUAGAAAACAAGGCAAUAUGUAUCCUUGUCAAACAAGAGAACACUUGUUUCCCUGCCUAAUUACUCCCAUGUUUUCAAAAGUAUUUGUGGGAAUGACUUAGAGGGAAGGAAAGCCAUCAUAUGAAAACCAUCUCUGUAGAGUGAACUAUAGUUUUGUGCUGAGACAGCAUAUGCUGGGCUUUGUUGCACUGGGGAUUUUAUCCAAUGAGAGAUUAAAAGACUGUUUAGUUAACAUGAUGGCCAGCCCAAGGAUGAACAACUUCUUCAAGAAGCAGAGGCUAUAUUCAGUCACUUUGGUGGACACCACGGUCAACCUGUUGUAUUCAUCCACUUCAAGUUGCAAUUGUGCACAAUCUACAGGCCCACACAGCAAUGUUGCCCCCAUUUGUGUAGCAUCAAGACACAGUGCUUACCAACAUUCAGCAAGAAAUUGUUAAUUUUUGAUAGUGCAAUUUUUUCAUGGCUGUUUGUAAAGAUAAGGGCUAAAAUAGUGCUUUAACACCUUCUUACCUGCCACCUGAGAAGCAGAUUGAAAAUUUCUCCAUCAUCCUUCUGGCAAUUUCACUGUCAAGAUUCCUGUGUCUUCUAGUAUUCAGAAAAAAGUGCAACUCAGGCUGCAAAAAACUGGCCUGUGCAAUGGGUAUAAAUCCCAUUGAGCUCAGUAGGGCUUAUUUCUGAACAGUUUUGCAUAGAAUUUUACUGCAUAUUUUUAGAUGCUACCCAUAAUGCAUAGCUUAAUGGCCUCAUUUUGCAAUGAAGGCAAAGUUGAUGUGAUGCCACAGGUCAGUACAGGUCUUCCAGCAAACUCUGACCAUUUGGCUUGACACAAUGACAUUAUAAGGUAGAACCCUAAAGAUAUACAAACUGCGGCAAAUGCAGUCCAAAAAGUAUGACAAAUCAAAAAUAAGUAGAUGUUGCUCCUGUUCCACCUGAAUUUGAUAUAUAUGCAGAUUUGUUUUCCUCUGGCUUAUAUUUUGUAUCCAUGUUUCGUGUAACAAAGAUACUUCAGUUUACAGUAACUUAAAAUGUAUAGAAUAUUUUAAUAUAUUCAUUUUUGUAAAGAUUUUUCUAGUGUUUACAAACACGUAUUCUAAUCUUUGAGAAUAUCCUGAUAUGCAAAUUGCUAAACUAGUCACUUCUGUUAUGAAAAGCAUACUCUGUGUAAAUGCACUACUAUUAAUUUGUCAUGGGCAUAGAAAUGUUAAAAUCUGUACAAAGUUUGAACGUUUACAAAAGUGUUCCAUAAUGAAUGCAUCACACACCCCCGAAAGAAAGAAGAAAAAAGAGAAAAGGAUUCUAUGCUUUGUUUUGGUAUAAUCAUGCUAUUUUGCACUAGUAAGAAUUGUAACAUUUUUGUGUUGCUUCCAGAAAUGGUCUAAAGUUAAAGCAGAUUUGCACAUCUUUGCAUGCUUCUCUGACACACAUUGUUCAUGACUUUUGUCAAAGGCUUGGGAUUUUAUUUUGUUAAUUGCCUUAGUUUCAUAUCCUAAUAUUGGAAUCUUUAAUAUUUUUAUCUUAAUCAUGUUAUUAAUAAUGUGCCAGCUGCUUCAUUCCCCUUCACAGUUUUUCUACAUGGAAGAGCAAAAAUGUGCAGAUGCACCGAAAAGUAGUCAUCUAGACAAUGCUCAAAAUGCCGGCGUGCACAUUUAUUUACCACCUUAUGUAGCAAAAAUAUGUAUGAAGCACUUAUUAGGAAUGUUAAUUUGUUCCUAAGCACACAAGUGUAUUAAAUAGAGGCAUUUAGAUGCUGUUUUAUACAUUAAUAGUUGUUUAUCAUAUUAUAGCAUAAAGUGGCUAAAUUGUGCCAGUAUAUAAUAUAGGUGGUGAAUAUAGCUUAAUGAUGCCAUCCCACAGGAACAUUUCUGUGAACAGUAGUGCUUUUUACAUUAAUUUGAGUGGACCUUAUACAGGUUCCUGUGGAUUGCAUCCUUUGGCAUCUAAAUAAAAUGAUUUUUUAAGAAAAUAAUCUCUAUUUUGAAACCUGAUUUAGUGCAUAUGUGCAAUAGAAUGAAUAUUUUGCACUUCAGUUUUCCAUCAAUGCCUAAGAAUUAAGAUGGGAAUUACUUGAUCUGCAAGGAUCAAUUUUAAAGUGGAUUAUGGUAAUACUAAUGCUUUACUAUCAUUCCAUGUUCACAUUUACAAAACUUAUUUGAGGAAGGCCCAUUGUAAUCCAUUUUUAGAUAGAGAAACUGGGAGAAAUUCACUUGAAGAAAGUCUGCUUUGGCUAGGUUCCUGCAUUACAGUAAACCAUCAGAUGAUUGGCUUGGUUAUCCCUUGUGAUAUAUGAACCAAACCACUGUGGUUUGUAUGGUUUAUGGCUUGCUACAAGGCAGACAGACCAUUAUGGCUUUGACAAACUGGUUUAGCAUAAUCCCAGUGAGUUCAUGGUUUGUAUAGAAUUAGAACCUAGCUCCCCCAACUUCAUCCCCAGUACUUACUAAUAUUCCAAGGGAGAUAUUUGUUCAAAUAACAGCUGCAAACAGUUUGAUGUAUAGGGACGUGUGGCUUAGUACCCUCAGAGGUGUUGGGACUGCAAGUUCCAGAAUAGUGGCUAAAAGCUUCAGUCCUGCGACAUCAAGAGGGUGGUAGGUGAAGAAAGCCGCCUUAAGAUAGUAGAAUUCCAACUUUACAAUAGUUACACUGAUGCAGCACAAUCUGUAAUGCCAUAAAAAAAACUUACAGCAGAAUACAUGUUAAAAGCCUCCUUGAAUUGCUAAUAAAUUAAGUAGCACUUUUUAUUGGCUACUUUCUAAGAAGGGAAUAAGUUACAUCAACAGACUUUUGCAUAUGUUAGUGACAGCUGACAGUACCUUUUGCUUACUGGGUUUUUCGGAGAUAAAUGUUUGCAAUGUGAUAUAAAGAGGGUGGGGUGGGACGUCAGUUAUACUACCUAUACAACACUGUGUCUAUUCAUGGUGUAAUGACACAGAUGCCCAGAGUGAAACUAACAUAUUCUUUCAUGCACCUUAUGAUAUGUACCUUUUCCUAAGGCAAAUGUGUAACAACCACCCCAGAGAAAAUUUACGUUGCAGCCAUACAAUUCUGGUUGUUCUUAGCAGUUAAAAAUCACUCAAGCUACAAUGAGUAUAGCAUACAUUAGAUUGUUUUAACUAGUACUGUGAAAUGGAAACUUCUGAAAAUUUCUGUAAAUACCGCCUUCAAAGCUGAAGGUAGUAUUUCCUGAGGAGGUCCAUUUUGGUUGCUAGGAGUAUUUCAGCUCUUCCUUGAAUUGUCAUAACAAGCAGUGUGCUUCCUUUCACCUUACCUGCCACACACUUCCAACUCUGGAUUGAAUUCAGAUAUCCCAGUGGUCACAAGGUCAAAGAGAAGUACCUUUAAGAACACACUCAAAAUAGCGGUAGUGUUUUGUUUUCUGUAACUUUUUGAAUUAGGGAGGCCCACUGUGACAGAAUGUGAGAAUUAUUAUAUGGCUAUUAAUAACUUUUGAUUGUAGAUACAUUACUUAACAAUAUGAUCUGUUGAGUAUAUCUGUGAGUAUUUUUGCACUUUUGAGUUCAUAUAUUUCUGCACUUGUUUUAAGGGUAUGUCAUGAUUACCAAAGGUAAAAUUGUGGUGGUGUUAAUUCAGACAUGGGAUUCAGUGUACAUGUGCUUAUGCCAAUAGGCUACUAUGAUUUGCCAUAAUUCAACAGUUUCCCAUAUAUGGAACCAGAUUAGUAACAAGCGUGUAACUUCUUCAGUAGCCUCUCCCAUACAUUGUGUAACUAUUUUUGCGGCCUGCUUCUCUUAAUAGCACUUAAAUUGUAUUUCAUCGAACUAUAAAAUUUAUAUUUGAAGCCUAUUCUGUUUAAAAGUAUCGAUAUAUUUGGAUAAAUGAGUCAACCUAAGUUCAUUUAAAGUAUAUAUAAAAUCAGACUAUUUGGGAAACUGGUAGUUCUUUUUGCUUGCUUUUGUAAAUACAUGUAUAACAUCUUGUAUAAAUGAAUCCAUCCUGUUGCAACUUCAAUAAUAGACUUAGUAUGAAAGUUUAUAAAUAGAAAAGUUGAUUGCUAUUUAUAGCAUACUUCAUCAAUUCAACUUAAGGGGAUUUCUUUGUGUGUGUGACAUGGGUUGUGAAUAAACAUUUGGCAUGGUUCAGAUGGUCAUAUAUCUGUUUAAUAAGCUGAUGCAAACAAGCCUUUUGCCUAUGCGUGCAGAUUACAAUUUGAAUUAACCAAAAAAAAAAUGUUCACUAGUUUUAGAAUAAAACCAAAGUAUGAAAGUCAGCUUCAUGGUUUCAUAGACUGAUUUGUUCUAAAACUUGUACUCAUACACUGGCUGUUUGGUAAAAUGAGAUACACCAGUCAGUUUGAGACAACUAGUUUUCCCCGUUGACUACUCAGUAAAAUACAGUACUUAGUAUUGUAAAAAGUGCUGAGUAAUUACUCAAGAAGAUACAGAAGAAUGAGCAAAAAUAGGCCAUGUGUACUUGUUUACUAAACUAAUGUGACCAUCUGAAUGCAGCCAUUGUUAUGUAUGAUUUAUAGCAAUAUUUGACCAUAGUUUUGAAGUAGGCUGUAUCAGUAAACCAUAGACUUUAACAAAAAUGAUACCACAGUUAACUGGAAUACUGAAGUGAUGGUUAAAGCCAGCUAUUUAUGGUCUUAUGGUCUGCAGCUGAAAUGCUCUUGAGAGAAAUCCAAUAUUUUCUAUAAUAAAAGUAGCAUCGUUAUUUGUAAUAAAGUGAUUU